UCUAUCUAUCUAUCUAUCUAUCUAUCUAUCCCGAUACACACCCAUCAGUCUAUCUAUCCAUCCAUCCUUUGAAAAGAUGAUGCUCAAUUCAGACCAGACGGAAAUCGACGUGCCCCCGUCUCACUCAGAGACAGAGUCAGUUUUUAGCGACUGUGGUGGGGGCGGUGGCCGUGGGGCUGGAGCGGAGGAGGCCGGCGGCAUCAGCUUGUGUGCCCAGUCCCGGCUAGCGGAGCCGGGCGAGGCUCUGAAAAAGGACCUGCAGCACCUGAGCCGAGAGGAGCGGCGGCGGCGGCGGCGUGCCACGGCUAAGUACCGGACAGCCCACGCCACGCGGGAGCGCAUCCGCGUCGAGGCUUUCAACAUGGCCUUCGCUGAGCUGCGCAAGCUGCUACCCACCCUUCCCCCUGACAAGAAGCUCUCCAAGAUCGAGAUCCUCAGGCUGGCCAUCUGCUACAUCUCCUACCUGAAUCACGUGCUGGACGUCUGAGCCACCGAGCCCACGUCCGUCUGUCCGUCUGUCUGCUACAUCUCCUACCUGAACCAUGUGCUGGACGUCUGAGCCACCGAGCCCAUGUCCGUCUGUCCAUCUGUCUGCUACAUCUCCUACCUGAACCACGUGCUGGACGUCUGAGCCACCGAGCCCAUGUCCGUCUGUCUGUCUGUCUGCUACAUCUCCUACCUGAACCAUGUGCUGGACGUCUGAGCCACUGAGCCCACGUCCAUCUGUCCGUCUGUCUGCUACAUCUCCUACCUGAACCACAUGCUGGAUAUCUGAGCCACCAAGCCCACGGCCGUCUGUCCUUCUGUCUGCUACAUCUCCUCCCUGAACCACAUGCUGGGUGUCUGAGCCACCGAGCCCACGGCCAUCUGUCCGCUACAUCUCCUACCUGAACCACGUGCUGGACAUCUGAGCCACCGAGCCCACGUCCGUCUGUCCAUCUGACUGCUACAUCUCCUACCUGAACCACGUGCUGGACUUUUGAGCCAUCGAGCCCAUGUCCGUCUGUCCAUCUGUCUGCUACAUCUCUGACCUGAACCACAUGCUGGACGUCUGAGCCACCGAGCACACGUCUGUCUGUCCAUCUGUCUGCUGCAUCUCCUAUCUGGAUGUCUGAGCCAACGAUUGUCCAUCUGUCUGUCCGUAUUUCUCUACAGAUCCUGCCAGACAUGUGAGCCACCAAGCCCAUCUCUGUCUGUCUGUUUGUCCAUGCGUUUACCAUAUAUCCUACCUGACUUCUUGCUGGAGUCUGAGCCACUGAGCCUACAUCCAUCUGUCCGUGUUUCUGCUACAUCUCCUACUGGUCAUCUGAGCCACCAAACCUACAUCCAUCUGUCUAGCUGCUACCUGAACCACAUGCAGGACAUCUUGAGCCUCCGAACUCAUGUCCGUCCACCCCUCCAUCCAUCUGUCUGCUCCAUCUCUUACUCAACAGUCCUGGGCUCUAGCCCAUGUGUCCGUCUGCUCUUUCUUCUACCUGAGCCAUGGCCUGGAUUGGUGACGUGCCAACAGCAGGAACGUUUCAGGCCUUUUGUCUGUCGGCUGCAUCUCUCCCCGCUGACACCACAAAAGCGCCCUGUCUCGAGGGGCUGCUACGCCAUCUGAGCGUGAUGCCCCCGGCAACUCCCAGAUCUAGGCAGACAAGGAAGGGAGCUUGACCCCCUGGGAGCUCUGGCAUUCCUUGCACAGCCGCAGGGCUCCCAGCUUUUCCUGCCCUGAAAAGAAAUACCAAACAUGCUGCAAAAAUGGAAGACAUGGGGCAGCCCCCAGCCCUGGCCCCACA